AGAGAGAAGAGAGGCUUCUAGAUGCUUAUUGCUGAAUAACGGAGAAACAUGAAUUAUAAGCAAACUUGUGGACAGAUAUUUCUAUGUCUGUUAGUGAGUUCAGUAGCGUGUUGGCAUGAUCUGGAUAACAGCGAGUAUGACUGCUGGCCUCUGGAGAAACCUGAUGAACAGAACAUGAUCGACUGCGGAGGGUUAGAGAUGUCAUGGGUUGUGCGUCCUCCAGAAGAGGUGGUCAGUGGAGAUGUGUUUAGUGUGACCUACUCUGUUACGGCUCAAGACAGCUUCUACCAGUGGGCUAUGGACCAAGACAUUUUCCCACACAGUUCAGUCAGCUCGGCGACGGCAGCCAGAGUGUUCUGUGAGAGCCACGACUGUCCUGCCAACUGGAAGGAUGCCAACGGAGACAACUGCUGCAUUCACCAUGCUAAUAUACACUCCUGUCCCCUGGGAUUCAUGACUACAGAAAGGAUCUGUGGACCGUGGAUCCCCGACGAUGGUCGUAUCUUCACCCACACUCUAUCUACCGCUGGCAAGAUGACUCAAACCAACUGGACCGCUAAGGUGGUGCUGGUCCAUGCUGGGCUGACCUCUCUCAUAGCUCAUAUCAGAGUGGGACGUAUGCAGGUAGCUCUGGAGGCCAAAACCACUGUCCUGCCUGUUGUAGUGUGUGGUGAUGGGGUGUGUGAUGGAGUGGAGGAGGUGUGUUCAACCUGCCCAGCUGACUGUGGGGAGUGUCCCAUGACGGCUGCUAUCAAAGUGGCCAUCGGACUUCCUGUUACCGUAGUCUUCAUCAGCUUCAUCAUCACAGCUAUGUGGUUUAAGUACCAGAAGCAGAGGAUGCUUUGGGAUGAGAGCUGGAUCAUUGACUUCAGGCAGAUCAAACAUGACCAGGUAGCCCGGACUACUAUGGGCAGUAUCAUGUCUGCCCCUAUUGCUAACAGUGAUUCCAACGCUAGCCGUGUCACCGCUCUCAGCUCCUGUACAGCCCACGCUAACUCACGCAAACAACUGUUCACACUCACUGGGAUUUAUGAUGGCAGGACAGUGGCCAUCAAGCGGAUUCAGACCAAGACCUUUUCUCUGUCCAAGACCAUCAGACGAGAGGUCAAGCAAGUCAGGGAGCUGGACCACCCUAACCUGUGUAAGUUCUUUGGAGGUUGUGUGGAGGUUCCUAACGUAGCCAUCAUCACAGAGUACUGUCCUAAAGGAAGUCUGAACGAUGUCCUGCUGAAUGAUGAGAUACCUCUCAACUGGGGAUUCAGGUUCUCGUUUGCUACAGAUAUAGCCCGAGGAAUGUCGUACCUCCACCAACACCGGAUCUGUCAUGGCCGCCUCAAAUCACUAAACUGUGUUCUGGACGACCGCUGGGUCUGCAAGAUCACUGACUACUGUCUGACGAUCUAUCGGAGGGAGGAUGCAGCGGAACCCCUGUCAUCCUAUCAGAUGAGACUGAGAGAAGUGUACACGCCCCCUGAGUGCCAGACAGCCAACCAGGAACCGACCCUGCCGGGGGACGUCUUCAGCUACUCUAUAAUUCUGCUGGAGAUAGCCACCCGCAGUGACCCUGUCCCCGUUGAGGACAGUUCUCUAGAGUGUGCUUGGUGCCCCCCCCUCCCGGAACUCAUCUCUGGCAAGGCAGACAACACCUGUCCGUGUCCCGCAGAGUACGUCGAGCUCAUCAGAAGGUGUCGGUCUCAUAACCCUGUCCACCGGCCCACCUUCGAGCAGAUCAGGAAGUUCGUCUACCGGAUCAACCCCAAUAAAGUUAGCCCUGUGGACAUGAUGAUGAACCUGAUGGAGAAAUACAGUAAGCACCUGGAGGUCCUGGUAGCAGAGAGGACCCAGGACCUAAUGCAUGAGAAACAGAAGACUGACCGACUGCUCUACAGUAUGCUCCCUAAGCAGGUAGCUGACGAUCUGAGGCAGGGGAAACCACUGCAGGCCCAAAGCUACGUCAGCGCUACUGUCUUCUUUAGUGACAUCGUAGGGUUCACCCACCUGUCCAGUAGCAGUACUCCCUACCAAGUGGUCGACUUCCUCAAUAAGCUCUACACGACUUUUGAUGACAUCAUUGACAACUAUGACGUCUACAAGGUUGAGACCAUAGGGGACGCCUACAUGGUGGUAUCUGGGGUACCCAGGGUGAACGGGAUCCAGCACGCAGCAGAGAUCUCCAGCAUGGCUUUAGAUCUGGUCGGAGUGUGUAGGAGCUUCAGGAUACCACACAAACCCAACACACAACUACAGAUACGGGCCGGGAUACACUCAGGUCCAGUGGUAGCCGGUGUGGUCGGGACCAAGAUGCCUCGCUACUGUCUGUUUGGAGACACGGUCAACACCUCCUCUAGGAUGGAGUCCACCAGCGAGGCCCUGAAGAUCCAGGUCAGCUCCAGUACUUUCUACCUGCUAGAGGAGAUAGGAGGAUACCUGCUGCAAUGUAGAGGGAUGCUGCAAGUCAAGGGUAAAGGGGACAUGGUAACCUAUUGGUUGGAAGGGAAGCAGCCUCUCCAGCCCAGUAAGGACCCUGGUGUGAAGGACCCCGUUAAGGACCCCAGCACUAAGUUGGCCAGCAGGAAGCCUACAUCCAGCAUGUCUGUGCUGGACACAGACAGAGACAGAGAGAUGGAGAGAAGAGAGAGAGACAGAGAGAGGUACGCCUCAAUCCCCGGGCUCCUCAACCAUGACCUGCUUCUGGACUCAGCCUGACCUCUGACCUCUAACCCUUUCCACUGUCAUGUACUCUUAUAAAUGAACAUAAGAGAUGGCAAAUACAGUUCGAAUACAGUCUGAAUCCUCUCUAUAGUGGAGCUGAUAUCUCAAUCCUCUCUAUAAAAUCCACAGCUGGUGUCUGCUAACAGUUCCUAUCCAUGUUGGUGUAUUUUUAUCUAUAGUGUCUGGUCUGACUAUUCUGUCUACUGUAAAUAGGGUUAUCUAUAGUGUGUCUGUGUGUUCUGACUAUUCUAUCUACUGUAAAUAGGGUUAUCUAUAGUGAGUCUGUGUGUUCUGACUAUUCUAUCUACUGUAAAUAGGGUUAUCUAUAGUGAGUCUGUGUGUUCUGACUAUUCUAUCUACUGUAAAUAGGGUUAUCUAUAGUGUGUCUGUGUGUUCUGACUAUUCUAUCUACUGUAAAUAGGGUUAUCUAUAGUGUGUCUGUGUUCUGACUAUUCUAUCUACUGUAAAUAGGGUUAUCUAUAGUGUGUCUGUGUGUUCUGACUAUUCUAUCUACUGUAAAUAGGGUUAUCUAUAGUGUGUCUGUGUGUUCUGACUAUUCUAUCUACUGUAAAUAGGGUUAUCUAUAGUGAGUCUGUGUGUUCUGACUAUUCUAUCUACUGUAAAUAGGGUUAUCUAUAGUGAGUCUGUGUGUUGACUAUUCUAUCUACUGUAAAUAGGGUUAUCUAUAGUGUGUCUGUGUGUUCUGACUAUUCUAUCUACUGUAAAUAGGGUUAUCUAUAGUGUGUCUGUGUGUUCUGACUAUUAUAUCUACUGUAAAUAGGGUUAUCUAUAGUGUGUCUGUGUGUUCUGACUAUUCUAUCUACUGUAAAUAGGGUUAUCUAUAGUGUGUCUGUGUGUUGACUAUUCUGUCUACUGUAAAUAGGGUUAUCUAUAGUGUGUCUGUGUGUUCUGACUAUUCUAUCUACUGUAAAUAGGGUUAUCUAUAGUGAGUCUGUGUGUUCUGACUAUUCUAUCUACUGUAAAUAGGGUUAUCUAUAGUGUGUCUGUGUGUUCUGACUAUUCUAUCUACUGUAAAUAGGGUUAUCUAUAGUGAGUCUGUGUGUUCUGACUAUUCUAUCUACUGUAAAUAGGGUUAUCUAUAGUGAGUCUGUGUGUUGACUAUUCUAUCUACUGUAAAUAGGGUUAUCUAUAGUGUGUCUGUGUGUUCUGACUAUUCUAUCUACUGUAAAUAGGGUUAUCUAUAGUGUGUCUGUGUGUUCUGACUAUUCUAUCUACUGUAAAUAGGGUUAUCUAUAGUGAGUCUGUGUGUUCUGACUAUUCUAUCUACUGUAAAUAGGGUUAUCUAUAGUGAGUCUGUGUGUUGACUAUUCUAUCUACUGUAAAUAGGGUUAUCUAUAGUGUGUCUGUGUGUUCUGACUAUUCUAUCUACUGUAAAUAGGGUUAUCUAUAGUGUGUCUGUGUGUUCUGACUAUUAUAUCUACUGUAAAUAGGGUUAUCUAUAGUGUGUCUGUGUGUUCUGACUAUUCUAUCUACUGUAAAUAGGGUUAUCUAUAGUGUGUCUGUGUGUUGACUAUUCUGUCUACUGUAAAUAGGGUUAUCUAUAGUGUGUCUGUGUGUUCUGACUAUUCUAUCUACUGUAAAUAGGGUUAUCUAUAGUGAGUCUGUGUGUUCUGACUAUUCUAUCUACUGUAAAUAGGGUUAUCUAUAGUGUGUCUGUGUGUUCUGACUAUUCUAUCUACUGUAAAUAGGGUUAUCUAUAGUGUGUCUGUGUGUUCUGACUAUUCUAUCUACUGUAAAUAGGGUUAUCUAUAGUGAGUCUGUGUGUUCUGACUAUUCUAUCUACUGUAAAUGUGUCUUUAUCCAAUAAGACGUUCCAUAUCUAGACAGCUCUUUUUCAAAAGUAUAAUAUUCAUUUAGUGUAAACAUUUAAAAGUAUAAAGUAUU